UCUACAGCGAAGCCUGGAAGCCCCCGCUUUCUCCGUCGUCUUGGACCCCUGCUCCCAUCUCGAGGGUUUGAAGUCCGAUCGGAGACAUGGCCUGGUUCUUGGCGGCCAUCGCUGUGUCUAUCUCGUUCUGGGUGAUAUCUUUGUCGAGAAUCCUGUCUUCUUCUUCUUGCGUUCCUUCGAAUCCUCCGUUCUUCCGUACUGGAUCCGGCAAGAAGAGGAAUGCCCUGUUGGUUAUCGCCCAUCCCGAUGACGAAUCGAUGUUUUUUGCCCCAACAAUUCUUUUCUUGAAUUCAGAAGGACAUAAUAUUCAUAUUUUGUGCAUCUCAACUGGUAAUGCCGAAGGUGUUGGAAAUAAUCGUAAAGAAGAAAUUUACAGGGCAUGUGCUAUAUUAAAGAUUCCACUACAACAAGUAAAGGUCCUGGACCAUCCCUGUUUGCAGGAUGGAUUCAAGAACACUUGGGACCAUGAACUAUUGGCAAGACUUAUUGAAGAUGAAAUUAAAGUGUGGGAUAUUGACUCACUGAUUACGUUUGAUGAUUUUGGAGUGUCAGGUCAUCCAAAUCACCGUGAUGUUCAUCAUGGAAUUCGCAUGCUCCUAUCUGCCAAUAAGCAAAGGAAAUUUGAGGCCUGGGAACUUGUCAGCCGAAGCAUUUUUCGCAAAUAUACUGGCCCUUUGGAUGUGUGGUUAUCGAUUGUUUCAUCUUCAUAUUAUCGGCAGACACAAAUCUAUUGUUUACUCAACAAUCGUCCAUCCAAAAGUUAUCUUGCAAUGGCUGAGCACCAAAGCCAAUGGGUUUGGUAUGUAUCCAUGAUAGAGCUUGCACCUCUUUGUCAAAUCCGCAUUUUGCUGCUGAACAUUGUGUCUAUGACCAACGGGAUUCAUGUAUACUUAAUGUAUGAAAAUCUACGUGCACAAUUAUCUCAAUAUUUCACCAUGCUAGAUAUUGUUCUAGGUUGACAAGUAUAUAUAUGUUUCAUUAUAUUUGACGUUGUCAUCAAAUUGUGUAAGAAAGCAACUAGAAUAGAUAACCAGCAUCAAUGGUUGAAUACAACUAUCAUCAUCUGCACUAAAAGGCACCUUCGUUUAGUAUCCUGCAUGGUGGUUAAGUAUAAGCAUCAGCAAAUGAUUGGGUAUGUUUCUUUUGUUUUCUUUUAUCUAAGAAAUUCAUUAAACUAAUAUGAUCGUAUUCAAAAACUUGUUAUUGGACAUAUCUAUAUUCUCUAACGAUUGAAUCUUCGAGCCAUGUAGUAUGUAUGAUAUGCUUAUACUCCAGCAUCACUGACGUUACUU